AUGGCUCAGAGGCAAGAUGAACAGCAGGACAUUACAGGCCUUUCAAGAGUAUGCAGUAGGAAGUGCUAUCUUACCUGCAUUACCGGCUGCUUGACCUGCCAAUGGAAAGUCUUGGAUGAGAGAAGAUCUGAACGUGCAAUCUGUUGCUGCUCCUGGACAGAGCGAUUGUUUUACCUACUUUUGGCUUUUGCAUGGAUUGUGUCUCUGAUUGUUCUGUACAUGUGGAUAGAAUCCUCAAAUGAAUACUUUGGCUUUGACUGGGUCGUGUUUCUAGGUACAGGAUUCUGGUUCUACUGGUCUAUAUUUUUCCUGAGUUUAUAUGGGAUCAUGUUUGCCUACACUUCAUUGCUGUUGAUAUUUGGACUUUUGUUCAUAUGGGAAGGUUUUGAACUCUUCCUGCACUGGAGUAAUAAGGUGCUGCUCUGUCUCCUUGUUGCAUUUUACACCUUUUUGUUUUGGGCUUUAUUUACUUACUGGGAGGACAGGUGGCUGACAGUUGGGCUGUCACUGCAGGUCUUUUGUCCCUUCAUACAAUUGACCAGCAUACCUCUGAUGACUCUCCUCUCCUGGCUUCUGUUCACAUAUUUGUUCUACUUGGAAGGAGAAGUUAAAGCCAGAAGAGCAGAGAGGCUGCGUGAGCAGAGAAAACUAGACAAGAAAUGUGAUGCACUCGUAAAGUUAAGAGCUAUACAAAUUUCUGUUGGUGUUCCCUUUGUAAUUAUCCUUUUGUGUCUCUAUUUUGUGCCAAUUGGACAUUAUUCUCCUUGUGUUAAGGAUAAGAAUACAUUGGGACCCAAGCCAUUGCUCAUUGCACAUAGAGGUGCACCCAUGUUGGGGCCUGAGAAUACCCAGAUGUCCUUUGAGAAAGCUGUUGAACAUGAAUCCUUUGGGUUGGAGACUGACAUAUACUUAAGCAAAGAUGGGAUACCCUAUUGCAUGCAUGACUCUACUCUGAGAAGAACAACCAAUAUCAGGGAUAUCCAGCCAAAUGCCACUAAUCAACAUUCUAGUAACUUCACGUGGGAGUUUCUGUCAACUCUGAAUGCAGGCCAGUGGUUUAUAAAUCAUCCGCCAUUUUUCAAUAUGGAACUCCCCAAAGGGGCUGAUCUUGAAAAAGCCAGAAGUCAGAAGAUUCCAUUGCUAGCUGAUUUUUUGAAAAUUGCAAAGAGUAAAAACAGACAUGUAAUAUUUGACCUGAAUAGACCUCCAAAAUAUCAUCCUUACAGAUACCUAUUUGUCCAUAAAACUGUAGAGGUGAUCCUUGCAUCAAAAAUUGAGCAACAUCUGGUUUAUUGGUUGCAAGAUUUUAACAGGGCCUAUGUCAAGUUAGUCGCUCCUGGCUUUCACCAAAUGGGAAGGCUUCGCACAAUUGAAACCCUGUCAAGGGAAAAUAUAAACAUAAUAAAUGUUGACUUUAAGUCAUUAUUUGCCAAUGGGUUAAGAGAGUAUAAAAACAAUAACAUCACCAUCAAUAUAUAUGUUGUCAAUACUCUUUGGCUCUUCUCAUUGGCUUGGUGCUCCAAGAUUAACUCAGUGACCACAGACAUGGUUCAUGAACUAAGAAAGAUAAAUUACCCUUCCUACUUCAUGACAACAAAUUCCUAUAUGUUCUGGUGGUUUUUACUGGAUUUCCUGUCUGUAAUUUUUAUUGGUGCCAUAUUUUAUUUCCAUUGGUAA